AUGGAUCCUCCCUCGUAUGGAUACGAGUACUGGAAGCAUUAUCACAGUGACUGCGAGCUUGUCCAUGUCAUCUGGACCGACUACUUCGGAAUCCUUCAUGAACAGCUUGUGCCUGCCGACAGUUACAACAGAAUGUAUCGCAAAGACGCGUACAAACUUGCUAAUUCCGACAAUCUCAGUCCGCUGACUGUCAGCUCGGCGGCCCUGACUACUUUGCCAGAUGGAAAGUCGGCCGCCAACUCAUACUACAAACCCUACGUGACCUGCAAGUUGAUCCCAGACUACGCCACAAUACAGCACUGCAUCGAUAGUAGAAGCCGCGCUACCGUAUUCGCCAAAGUUGAUACUGGAGGAUACCCCCUGGCUGACCCACGGGAAAUCCUCAAGAAAGUCUCGAAGGUGCCAAGUACGGCAAAAGGACAAAAGAUCCGAGCCGCACUUGAGUUUCAAUUCGUCCUACGAAAUCUUUCCGACGGAAGAAUAUAUCUGACCAAAGGCGAUGGUCCAGCUCAGAACAUACUGCAGAAGCUGGCAAGAGGCCUGCGCACCCACGCUCACAGCACCAAAGGUCUCUCCAUCAGCAGCAGUGACAUCGCCAAUGAUGGAGUUGUCACGGUGAAAUUGGCCAUGAGCGACAACGUGUUAGAAGCCGUUGAUAAUUACUACCGAACCAGAAGGGCACUUCAGUCCUUGGCAACUUUGGACGGAUUGCGGCCAUCCUUCUUCUAUGCUUCACAAGAUGUGCCAGGUGCUGCAUUCUCUGGAACCCCACACGAUGUGAUGUGCAAAAACAAAUUGCACUGUCGCAUUCGGAUGUCUCAUGGCUCAGUAGCACAAGCCUGCAAGUAUGCCGCGGCAGUCAUGGAGGUCGAGGCUGGAAUAUCAAUCGGCCCCAGCAUCUACGCGUUUGCGAGGCCGAAUUGGCUCACCUACGCCCAACGGCGACAAUACGACGGGGAACCUUCUCCAAAACGCGAAUGGAUGACUUGGGGCAUUCAAAAUUUGGAUACUGCGAUCAGCCUGCAUGAGGACGACGAAGAAAGCUGGUGGGAGUUUGGAGAUGUUGAUUGCAUGGCCAACAUGUAUCUCGUGAUGGCUGCAAUUUCAGUCCUUGGGAGCCGGGAGGUUACAGACCCCGCCGCACUGGGAGACAUUGCCGAAGCCAAAAAUGUCAACGAGUAUGUUCCUGACUCUAGCGGUCCGCACGUUACCGUACCUCGAAAAAUUCCUCGAUCUGGCUUCCGCGCCUGUCAUGUCAUGUCGGCAAGUAUGCGACUUCAUGGUUCGCUUUUAGAAGACAUAAACGAACUCUACAGUGAGUUGCGAGAGACAGAGGACGAGAGGAUCGUUGCGGCCGUGGCCUCCAGCCGGGCGUCGUCAGCACGGGAACUGUUGGCGGAAUGGUACUGA